AAGCCAAAAAAGGCAAGGGGUGAGAGGAGGGAAGAAGGGUCAGAAAGAGAGAGAGAGAGAGAGAGAAAGAGAGGGAGGAGGGGAAAAAACAACAAUUAUGAACCCUCACAAAUCUGUGGAAGAGUCUUCAUAAAACUCUCACAACAACAACAACACCACCACAAAAAAAGAGAUUUGGGGGUUUUUCUUUCUUCCUAUCUUACCCACCACUUCUCUCAAUACUCCUUCCCCCAUUUCUCUUCUUAUUUAUUUUCACAACAAAAACCAAAUUAUCAUAUCAUAUCAUCAUAGAUAGAGAGCAGAGCGAUGCGAUUGUGUUGGUGGUUUUGGCAGCGGGAGAGUUGUGUUGCCAAAACGACGCCGCCGUCCGAUGCUUCUUCACCGGAAGCGGAAGCGGAAUCGGAAUCAAGACGAGGACGACGAGGUCUUUGAUGGCCUUGCAAUUGCAGAUGAAUUGGCAGCCGAGUUUGCUCAGUCAGAAGCGGCGUACCGGUCCUCCGUUAGGGCUCAAAAACCUCGGCAAUUCUUGCUACCUCAACAGCGUUCUUCAGUGCCUUACUUACACUCCUCCUCUCGCCAAUUUCUGCCUCAAACUCCAACACUCCUCUCUCUGCGAGCGAGGCGGAGAGUGUCCGUUCUGCAUACUGGAGAAACGGAUAGCGCGGUCGUUGAGCGUGGAUCUCGCGCUAGAGGCGCCUUUGAAGCUGCAGACUCGUUUGAGGAUUUUCGCCGAGCACUUCAAGUGCGGGCGCCAGGAGGACGCGCACGAGUUCCUUCGUUACGUGAUUGAUGCUUGCCACAACACUUGCCUUCGGCUCAAGAAGUUGCAGCAGCAAAGGCGGUACAAUAAUGGCUGCAAGGGAGGUGAGAAUGUUAGUAAUGGUAGUAGUAAUGGUUGUAGUAAUAGCAGUAGUGGUGGUAGUUCGGUGGUGAAGGAGAUUUUUGGAGGUGCGCUGCAGAGCCAGGUGAAGUGUCUUUCUUGUGGUAAUGAGUCGAAUAAGGUGGACGAGAUAAUGGAUAUUAGUCUUGAUGUUUUGCUUAGUAAUUCGCUUAAAGACGCUUUUCAAAAGUUCUUUCAGUCCGAAGUUUUGGAUGGAAACAAUAAGUACAAGUGUGAUAAUUGUAAGAAAUUGGUGGCGGCAAGGAAGCAAAUGUCAAUACGUCAAGCGCCCAAUGUCCUUGUGAUCCAGCUCAAGAGAUUUGAGAGUGUAUUCGGCGGGAAGAUUGAUAAGGCGAUUGCAUUUGAGGAAGUUUUGGUGCUUUCGAGUUUCAUGUGUAAAGCAAGUCAGGAUCCACGACCAGAAUAUAAGCUCUUUGGUACUAUUGUGCAUUCCGGCUACUCGCAAGAAUCUGGACACUAUUAUGCAUAUAUAAAGGAUGCAAUGGGUCGGUGGUACUGCUGCAAUGAUUCGUUUGUCUCAGUUUCAACGCUGCAGGAGGUCUUGUCGGAAAAGGUUUAUAUUCUUUUCUUCUCUCGUACAAAUCAGAGGCCGGCAUCUGCCAGCACUGCUCUUGCUUCAAAUGGAAUAAGGUCUCGUGAUUGCAAUGGCAGUGAGGCAUUUAAAAGCCCAAAGGCUGCUCUCCCAACGAAAUCAGUGCAUCCAAAAGCAUCUUUCGAUCAAUCUUUUCAGAAGGAUGUCUCAACCAUACCUAAAGGUGUUAAAGUACCUUCUAGCCCACGGAUGAGAUUUAACCUAUCAAACUCUAAUUCCAAAAGACCUCUUGCAAAUGGUAAUGGAAAACUUGAUGCUCAUAAGAUUCUAUCAAUGGAAGCAAAUGGGGAUGUGAAAGCUUCAAAUUCUAUAGAGAAAAGUGAAAAAAAUGUGGCAAAUAUGAACGGUUUUAACAAAACCAAAAAUGUUGAUGUUGCUGACAGUAAGAACAACAAAGGAUUCACUUUAACCGUUGAAAAUGGAAUUAGUCAGAGGGGAGAUAUUAAUUUAGUGAAACCAGAUGUUGGUGAAGUUAAUGGCACAAUGAGCAGGGUGACAGUGAGAGGACCUGACCACCAUGAAUUGGGAACUUGUGCUGUCAAUGGGCAUGCUGAGAUCUCAGGGUCUCAAAGAAAGUCAAAGGAUGAGGGCUCUUGCAUUUUGUUAGCACAGGAUUCUCAAUUCCAGGAAAAAUUUGAAGAACUGAAAGAAGUUCUCAAGAAAGAAGCUUUUAGUCUCGAGAAAGAAGCUUUUUCAGUUUUGCGAUCAUGUGGUUGGUCAGAUAAGGUUUUUAGUUUCAUGAGUUCAAAGAAGAGGUUACGUGAAGAAGCUGGAAAUGGUCCAUCAAGUACUAGUGAAUUCAAGAAGUUGUUAAUUGCGGAUGCCAGACCAACCUUUACUUCACAGAUACCAGAGUCAUUAAAAGAGGACUUAAUUGAACAAUUGAGAUCAAUUUGCGAAGGAAAAAAAGCAUUUUCUCGGACCUUGAUAAACUGAACAUGGCUUAUGAUGUAGCCACAAAUGGAGCUUGGUGUAUUAAUCUGUAUUACUAAUUGAGGUAUUAAUGACGGGGAUAUCCUCUAGAAAACAAAAGAGGGUAUGUUGUACAGUCUCUCUGAGCAAGUUCUCGCUAGAGCAGGAGGUUGUUAUCUUUUCAUUCAUUCAUUCCUUUGCCAAUGGUGACAUUCUGUGGGUGUGCUAUCAGUCGAAUUAGGAAGAAAGGGCUGAUUUCUCAUUUCAGAUCUUGCCGAAAGUUUUGUUUGUCCCUUGAGGCUGUGCAGUUGAUUAUGGUAGAGAGAGAAACAAAAAUUUUACUCGUAUUGUACAAUAUCCUUUUUGGCUCUAUCUCCAGCAUUUAAUCUACGUUCUAUAUGGAUGCAUUACAAUUUUUCCAUUAAGUGGCAAUAUAGUUUAGUCAUGGAUAUAUGUUA